AUUUCUUGGUGGGUGUGGGGUUAUCAGUCUCCAAAGCUCAAGGAGAGGGACCAAGUUGACUUCAACUAGAGCUACUCCAACCUGCCCCUCCCUGACGACGUCUUGCGUGGUUCACGCCUCUGGCUCCUGCCGGAAGGAGGCGGCCGCCCCUAGUGGUUUCGGGCCAACCUGCGCCCGGAGCGGCCGGCGCCGAGGCGAUUGCCCGGCAGAGGGCGUCAGACGUCCACCCUGCAGCCCAGGGUCGGGGUGCGGGUAAGCGGAGCCCAGUCCUUCACCCCGAACUCGCGUGCACGCUGGCGUCCCUGGCCCAGGCAAGGUGGGCAGACAUGACUCUCGCGUCAGCAUCUUCCCUGGUGCCACCGCCGCUACCUCCUGUGGGGAAGCUUGAGGCCAGAGGCGGACAUGUGCCAAGCCACGCCGCUGGGGCAGUGCAAAGUUGAGGGGCUCUUCCCGGAGCUGGAGGCCGGGGGCUUCUCGAACCCAGUGCGGAGGCACAGCCAGCCAAUCCGGGAGACCCUGUCUGGCCGCGCCAGCCAAUCAGAGGGUCCCUGCCGAAGGCGGAGCCUGCUAAUCAGGGGCACCUGGAGUCGCUGGACAGCCACGAUCGGGUCUCGCCGGCGAGGGGCGCGACGUGACGCGCGGAGGGUGGCGGUGGGUUGGGGGUGGGAGCUUUGCUCACAGCUGAGCCCCGUUUUUCCGGUGCCGCAGUAUCCCUGGGACUGAGAGCUGAAUACCCACACCCAGGGCUGGGACCUUAGCAGAAAGGAAACUGAGGCUGGGAGGUCGGCCGGGAGGCUGCCUGGCGGAGGCGACGCUGCUCCGAGUGGGCGGGGCUGGUUCCGGCCCCGCCCCGCCCCCGACCUCUUGGCUCCGCUAGUGCCCGGCGCGCCGCCGCCAGUGCUGCGGGCUCCGGGCAAUGGAUGCCCCCGGGGCCCCGGCCCAGACCGCCGCCCCCGGUCCGGGCAGGAAGGAGCUGAAGAUCGUGAUCGUGGGCGACGGCGGCUGCGGCAAGACCUCGCUGCUCAUGGUGUACAGCCAGGGCUCCUUCCCCGAGGUGAGGCCCGCAGCGGGGCUAGGGUGGGGGCGAUGGACGCCCCUUACCCUGAGCCCAGAGCCCCGACCCUCAGUCCCCAGCGUCCCGAGCACGGAUAGGCGGCCGCCACCCCGGGGCGCCCCCUCGGGAAUUCCAGAGCCCAGCGAGCACUACGCCCCAUCGGUGUUCGAGAAGUACACGGCCAGCGUGACCGUUGGCAGCAAGGAGGUGACCCUGAACCUCUACGACACGGCCGGGCAAGAAGACUAUGACCGGCUGCGGCCCUUGUCCUACCAGAACACCCACCUCGUGCUCAUCUGCUAUGACGUCAUGAAUCCCACCAGCUACGACAACGUCCUCAUCAAGGUGAGGCCGGCCUCCUGGGUGGUGGCCCCACAUCUGGGCCCGGCCCCACCCCUGAUCCCCUGCCUCCUCCCUCCACAGUGGUUCCCUGAGGUCACGCAUUUCUGCCGCGGGAUCCCCAUGGUGCUCAUCGGCUGCAAGACAGACCUGAGGAAGGACAAGGAGCAGCUGCGGAAGCUCCGGGCCGCCCAGCUGGAGCCCAUCACCUACAUGCAGGACUCGGAGGCAGGCGCUGUUCACAUCCCCCAGUUUACAGAGGGAGAAACUGAGGCCCAGAGAGGUUAAGCAGCUUGCCCAGGGCCACACAGCUAGCCAGAAGUGGAGCCAGGAUCUGGUCCCAUCCACUGCAAUCCAAAGUCUGUGCUAUGAGCCGCCGUCCUGUCGUGUCCUGUCUGCCUUGUUUGAAAGUAGGCGUCCCCUUCACGGGCCAAUUGACCGUGCAACUCUGGGUGAGGCAUGGGGGAAUAAACAGAAUAAAAGGAAUGCAAAGGCAAAAAGAAACUUUCACAAGAAAUAACCAUUAAUAAGGGCAAAUUCGGCCGGGCAUAGUGGCUCAAGCCUGUAAUCCCAGCACUUUGGGAGGCCGAGGCGGGCGAAUCACCUGAGGUUGGGAGUUUGAGACCAGCCUGACCAACAUGAGAGAAACCCCGUCUCUACUAAAAAUACAACAUUAGCCGGGCAUGGUGGCGCAUGUCUGUAAUCCCAGCUACUCGGGAGGCUGAGGCAGGAGAAUCGCUUGAACCUGGGAGGCAGAGGUUGUGAUGAACCAAGAUCGCGCCAUUGCACUCCAGCCUGGGUAACAAGAGCAAAACUCCAUCUCAAAAAUAAAUAAAUAAAAGGGCAAAUUAAUUUGCCUAAAUGGUACUUUCAGAGAAGGGAGAGAGGUGGCUGGAAGUCCUUUCUGUCUUGAGGCCUCCAACUCUUCUCACAGGCCUGGGAGACACACCUGGGGGAACCAACCCCGGGUCUCAGGAUUCAGCCCCUCCCUGCCUGGAGCUGGAGAGAGGCCAGGGUGGGGGCCUGGACAGGGCUUCUUCCAACCUGCGGGCUGCACUGCCCUGGCCCUCCAUUCCACCCACACACUGUGAGGGGCAGCCAGGAUGGAGGAGACAGACAGGCCCAAACCAAGGCCUCCAUCCCUGGAGAGUCCUCAGAGCCAGUCCCAAACCCACCAGGUGGUGCCAGGAGACCUCCAGGGGCCCCUCACCUAAUGCUGGCUCCUCCCCCAACCCAGGGCCUGAGCGCCUGCGAACAGAUCCGAGCUGCUCUCUACCUGGAAUGUUCCGCCAAGUUUCGGGAGAAUGUAGAGGACGUCUUCCGGGAGGCUGCCAAGGUGGCUCUCAGCGCUCUGAAGAAGGCGCAACGGCAGAAGAAGCGCCGGCUCUGCCUGCUGCUCUGACCCAGGGCAGACAGACCUCACGACAGCACUGACAGGGCCCGGGGGCCCAGGUGCCGACUGCACCAGGGAGGCUGCCCCAUCCCGACCCUCCAGCUCAUGGUGUCUGGGGCCUGCGGCUAGACUCUUGGAACAUUCUGGAACUCUCUCCUUUCCUGGCUGGGGCUCUGACCACAAACUCCCCUCCAGGCUGCCCCUGGGACAUGGUGGUGAUGUGGGUGCAGGAGCCAGUGUCUGUUGUCGGGACUCGGAAGUGCCCUCAUCACAGCCACCCCCACGAGUGUCUCCCCAGUGCAGACUCAAGUUAUGCUUGAAAUGAAAAAGUCUAUCUGGUGGUGGGUAAACGUGGACCUGGCACUGUUCCACGCGGGCGCCCCAAGCCUGCCACUCCUGUGUCCCCGCCUCCCUGGGCUCCCGAGAUAGGCACCACUGUAUCCUCCAGCUCCUUCCUUCCUUCCCCCAGGAACGCGGAGGCCACUGAGGGGGCUGGGCCUAUCAGGAGGACACAGGCCGCAGCCUGGCACCCACCCCUCCCAUCUCCACCCCACAUGGAAGACUUGUCUUCAGCUUGGCCACUGUCUUUGCAGAGCUGGGCAUAUGUGCCCAGGGGGCAGAAAAAAUGGCUUCUCAGUUGUUAAAAGUAUACCCUGGACCACCCAUCUGACCAUCUCCUUAAGGUCUCACCCAAAGCCCCCAGUGUCAAAGACUUGGGAUGGGAAGAACAGUCGGCUCCCCACGUGGUCAUGAGUAAGUUUUCUGUGGACUCUUCCCCCCACUGUGGCAGGACAGGACUGGCCCACUUAGUCCUCAAGCUCCCAACCUGCUGUCCCUCAAGCCCCGCUUCUACCAGCCUGUGGAGUUCAGGAGGCGAGACAUCCCGGCCUCCUUUGAGAACUGAUGGGAUCUACCCCCUGUCCACGCGGGACAGUUUCUCAGAACUGGUUCAUAGACCACCUGUGUCACCAACAGCCAGAUACCUAAUCCCUGAGCCUCCUUUGGGAAGGUCUGGGGCCAAGGGUCUGGGAAUUUUUUUUUUUUUUUUUUUUUUUUUUUGGGGACAGAGUCUCAUUCUGUCACUCAGGCUGGAUUGCAGUGGCAUGAUCUUGGCUCACUGCAAGCUCCACCUCCUGGGUUCAAGCGAUUCUCUUGCCUCAGCCUCCUGAGUAGCUGGGACUACAUGCGCACACCACCACGUCCGGCUAAUUUUUGUAUUUUUAGUAGAGACAGGGUUUCACCAUGUUGGCCAGGCUGGUCUUGAACUCCUGACCUCGUGAUCCACCCACCUUAGCCUCCCAAAGUGCUGGGAUUACAGGCGUGAGCCACCGUGCCCGGCCCAGGACUUUUAAAACAAGCAUCCCAGGGGAUUCUGGUGCCCACCAGAAGUCGCAAGCUGCUUGGCUCUGGAGGGCGCCUAGGAGUCGGUGUCGCCUAAGAUGGGAUAACGGCUUCAGGCGACUCCUAGCCUUCCCCAUAUCUCCUGCCUCAGCCCCCCUGGCCCAGUGCUGGGGCGUCAGCUAAGCCUGAGCUUCCAAGAAGUCAGGUUGCCAAAGGAAGGAGCCUUCUGAGACCCUCCACAGCCCACCCAGGUUCCCAAGGCCCUGCCGUACCCUGGGGAAUCAACCAAGGAGUUCUUGUUCUCGAAGAACCCCAGGUCUCAUGAUGGUCUACGGUAGAGGUCCGACACCUACAGCCUGUGGGCCACAUCUGGCCACAGCCUGAUUUGUAAAUAAAGUUUUAUUGGAACACA